AAAAUAACAUCAUUCGUUUUCUUCGCUUGACGAAAUUUUUGUCGCAAUUCUUCCCAUCCUGAAAUUUUUAAUUAAUUAUAUUAAGUAACUAUUAAUUAUUUAGUCGGUUUAGUAAAUUGUGUCGGGUUGUAGCAGUCAACUAGCGCAAGAUGUCUGAGCGAAAAGUCUUGAACAAAUAUUAUCCGCCGGAUUUUGAUCCCUCCAAAAUCCCAAGGGCUCGUCAAGGGAAGAAUCGUCAGUUCACUGUUCGUCUGAUGGCCCCCUGCAACAUGAGGUGCGACACUUGCGGGGAGUACAUUUACAAAGGGAAAAAAUUCAAUGCCAGGAAGGAAGAUGUGGAAAAUCAAGAUUAUCUCGGAAUCAGAAUAUACAGGUUCUACAUUAAGUGCACUAGGUGUCUCCAGGAAAUUUCGUUCAAGACGGAUCCUGUGAGCACGGAUUACAUAAUCGAGGCUGGCGCAAGCAGGAAUUUUAUGGCGUUGAAACUUGCGGAAGAGCAGGCCGAACGGGAGGAGGCAGCGGAGAAGGAAGAGGAAGCUACGAAUCCCAUGAAACUAUUGGAGAAGAGGACAGAGGCAUCCAAAAAUGAAAUGGCAUCAUUAGAAGCUUUAGAAGAGCUGAGAGAAUUAAAUCAACGGAAAGUUAACCUGGAUUACGACACCAUGCUGAAUAAGUACGACGUAAUUCGAGACGUAGAGUCGAGGAAGGACGAAGAGGAGGAUGAUCGACUUAUCGAAGAACUCUUUGGUAAAAACGGACAAGUUAUUAGACGCAUUAAAGAUGACAGCGAUGAUGAUGAUGAGAAGCCACCGAAUAAAAAGUUUAUGUCUUCAGCAAUUGUUCAAAAACCUACCGAUUUUCUCACAAAUGCAGAUGACAAACUUCAAAACCAAGAAAUAAUUGCGGAACAACAUAUUAGCGAAAAGAGUGUUGGAAUGAUUUCUGUCAACAAGAAAAAAUUAGUUCUCGUUAAACCAAAAACUGGCUCUACUUUAACAACAAGUAGCAAUCAGCUAGGGUCGUCGGCUCUAAAUUCUUCAGCUAUCCGGCCACCUGAUCAACUUCCGGCUAAGAAUUCGGGAUCUCUAUCGCUUUUGGGAGCAUAUAGCUCUUCAGAAAAUUCAGAUUCAGACUAGUGACAAUUUUGAAAUUAAUUAUUAUGUUUUUAUCUAAUAAAGAGGUUUUAUUUUAUAGAAUAAAUAAAUAAACGAUAUGCUUAGUUUUAUGAUUGA